AUGGAGAAACAGGAUGAUGAUGAGGAGUUCGGAGCGGCUAUCACCAUCGGAUCGGAAACUACAGAAGCAGAGAAAGAGUUCGAAAGAAUCUUAGAACAGUUGCGAGAGGCCGAAGGUCUCAAACUAUAUGCCGAUGUGUACACUAAGCUCUACGAUUCGUAUUUCAAGAUGAAAGAAGAGAACGUCGCUCAUCAAGAAAAACUCACCAGUCUCAAGAACAGGCUGGCGCGAUACGACGCGAUGGUGUCAGAAUAUUUGACGGAGAUUUCCGACUCCUCUAAAACCGUCGACAGAUUAAGAGGAGAAAUCGAUGACGCUCGAGCACUCGCCGAUGCGAUGCACGCAAGGGAAUUAGCUAGCGUUGAAAGUUUGGAAACCAUGAAGAAGACAGUAGCCCGACUAGAGAAGGAACUCGAUGCACGGAAACGAGCUGGUGACGAUGAUGCCGGUGCAACGUCAGCGGUAAAAGAGAAAGAGAAGUUUGAAAAAGAAAAGGCACGUCUCCAGGGUGAAUUGGAUGGUGUUAAACAGAGGCUAACAAACGCGCUAAGUUACAUCGAAGAACUGGAUCAGAAGAACACUAUUGCUGAAGAGACGAUAGGGAAAAUGGAAGAGCAGUUAGAGGAAGCAGACAAUAACGCAGUACGACAGAACCGUCUGGUCGACCAUUUGAAGGGGGAGAGCGCCACGCUGAAGGCGGAAAUGGAAAAUCGAGGAAAUGCUAUUAAUAGUCUUAACGAUAAACUCACAAAAGCGGAGAAAACGAUUGAUCGCCGUGAUCGUCAACUUCGCGAUAUGGGAAACAAGUUGGAAUUAGCCCAGGAGGAGCAAGAAGCCGCUCUAAACAAAGCUACUCAGCUCAGACAACAGCUGGACACGACUAACGCUGAGUUCGAUAAGGCGAAGCAAAAUCUCACUAACACCACAAAGGAGUUGAAGAAUAUGAUUGACGAUGGCAAUAGAUUACGCAACGAAGUUACUAAAUUGACGAAACAAGCGCUGCAGCAGAUGAAGAAAUACCAGCUGCUAGAACAAGCAAAAGCUGGCGUUGAAACUGAUCGAGAUAAUCUUCGGCAACAAGUGAGUGUCAUGGAGCGGGAAAUAAUGCUGGGCAAGAAACAGGCCGAGGCGGACCGGAGAGAGAUAGAAAACCUCAACCGGGAGAAGGAUAUCCUCAAUAAAAAUAUGCAGAAGAUACAAAACGAAGCUAUGGAAAAUCUGCAAAUCAUCAACCGUCAAGAACAAAGACGUAAGCAGCUGGAACAUGAGUUGGACGCGAGUGCCGCGCAGAUUAACAAGCAACGCUUGUUAAUACGACAGUUAGAAAAGGACAAAGAUAGAAUGCUAGAGGAGACUAUUGCGUUAAACGAAAAAAUAGACGAGAUAUCUGAGGAAGUACGUCUGCGAACAGCAGACAUACUGGAUCUCAAGAAAGCUUUACGCGAGGAGUCUCUCAAAGGGCGAAAACUAUCCGUCGCUUUGGAUACUACGCGCGCUGAAAGAAAUAUGCUACAUAAGAACUACACAGAGGCGCUUGAUGAGAUACUGGAUUUGAAACAAAAGCUUAAAAUGUUAGCCUAUCAAAUUGAGCAAUUGAAAGAAGAUAUAAGUGGCAAGGAGACUGGCUUAAAAUCAUGUGAAGGGACGCUCGUGAAAUGCAACAAGAAGAACGAACAGCUUCGUUCUGAAGUACAAGCGGGUAUGACGAAGUUAUCUGAAGCGAAGGCGGAUAUAACGGCAUUGAGACAAGAAGAGGCGAGACUAAAUAGAAUUGUUCAGGAAGGCGACACAGCGAGAGCUAAGCUUAUGAAAGAGCUAGAAGGUUUAAUAAAUGAACGGGAUGUUGUCGGGGCGCAGCUCGUGCGUAGAAACGACGAGAUUUCUUUACUGUAUGAGAAGAUACGUAUCUUAGAAGUAACGCUACACAGAGGAGAACGCCAAUAUGAACAAAGAGUCGAGGAUAUCCGUCUUUUAAGAAUAGAAAUUAUUCGUCUUCGCAAAGAGAAGAACCUUCUAUCGAAAGGCAUCGAAAACAUGACAGACUUGAGAUUAGAGGUUUUCAAUCUAGAGCGGGAAUUAGGUCGUGAGAGACUUCGCGUCCGUGCUUUAGAAGAAGCAUUGGAGACGCCACUCAACGUGCAUCGCUGGAGAAAGCUACAAGGCACUGAUCCGGAAAGUGUGCACUUGACGCAGAAAUUACGACUAACGCAAAAAAAAGUACUGGCGCAGAGUGAAAUGUUGGUUUUGAGAGAUCGUGAGCUGAAAGAGACGAAGAAUUUAUACAGCGCUGUCAAAGACAUGCUUGCUUUACAGCCCAGCCCCGAGAUACAGCAAACGUUGAACAGGACGCAGCGUGCGCUUGCGCAAAGGACUACGAAGAUGAAAUGCCUUAUUGCCGAGUUGAACAUGCGCGAGCGACAGGUGACUGACUUACGGCUCGAACUCGACAGAGUAAACGCUGAACUUAACUCGUCCAAGCAAAAGUAUUACGAUAUAAAACGAGCGCUCGACGCGGAUGAAGCGAGAAGGCUUCGCGUACCCACGCCGGCUACACCCGAAAAUAAAUAAUAUAUUUAAAAUUAUAUGAUCAUUCAGUUGUACAUCAUCUGUGGAAUAUUCCAAUUUUGAAAAGAUUUUGGCGGUAUUUUUUUGAAUGUUUGAAACUUAGGACAAUGAUGGUGGACUUAUAAAAAUUAUUUUCUAUUUGUAGCAUAAUU